AUGGAGUCCAAGUCUGAGUUGAGUCCUGCAACACACUUGGAAGAAUCUCCAGAUCCCGCCUAUUGCCUCUGUGAGGUUUGCAUGAUUCCAUUGUGUGACACUUUCUCUCAAACCUCCCGGCUCCUAUUGAGCAAAGUUGAUAAUGAAGGCGGUCAUAUAUCUUCGACACUACUAGCUGGCCCAGGAGUGCAGCCUCAUACACAGUGUGACAGUGGUCCUACAUCCUCUAUCAUGCAGGCCACACCAUUCACACUUGGUUUAUCCACUACACUUACAAGUCUUACCAGCGCACCUUUUCGGUUACCUGAAGUUUUGCCUCUCAGCAUCACACCCUAUGCCACUGCAGAGGCAGACUCAGAUACCAGAUGGGUACAUCAGGGCGAGGCUAUUUACAAGGAGAUUGUCGAUGCAAUUGCCAAUGAUUGCUUCAUAUACUUAUAUAAUGGGAUGCUCUACAACAUGCCUGCAGUGCCCGGGGAAUCUGGUCCCUAUUACUGUGUCACCCAUGGACAAUACAUUGGUGUGUUCAAUACUUGGAAUGAGGUCAUGGAAAAUAUCAAAGGUUUCAGUGAUGUGGCAUAUGCAGUUACUUCCCUUGCCAUUGGAGAAGCACUUCUUCACACUGCAAUUAGGAAGGGUGAAGUACGCAAGUGUCGAGUAUGA